UUAUCAGUUUUGUUGCAUUCUUAUAUUUAGUCUUCACAAAUCGGGCAUUCUAGUUACUUCCUACCAUGUCUCGUGUUGCGACGUACGUGUUUCUAGAUCUUGAGACCACUGGGCUACCUACAGAAGAAAUUGGAAAAACUCGUAUUACCGAAAUUAGUUUAAUUGCCGUGAAACGUAACCAUUUCCUUGAUACUAAACAAGGAAAUGUGCCUCGCGUUCAACAUAAGGUUACACUUUGUCUCAAUCCACUGCGGAUGAUUCAGCCUAACGCAACAGAAAUCACAGGCCUGAGCAAUGAGUUACUGGAACACGAGCCGGCAUUUGAACAUAAUGUAUUCACCGUAUUAAACACCUUUCUUAAUAUGCUUACAAAACCAGUGUGUCUUAUUGCUCAAAAUGGACUUGGUUUUGAUUUUCCAAUUCUCAAGCGCCACAUAGAUAGACUUGGCAAGAUGUUUGCUGAAGAUUUACUAUGUGCUGACUGUUACCAUGGAUUUUAUGAUAUUCUUCAGAAAGAGAAUAAUAGUUACAAAAUGCCUGUUGUGGGUCUCUCGUCCAUAAGUGAAGUUACCAAACUAGACAGCUUAUCAACCGAUACAUUAGGUGAAACUGUAUUAUGUUCAGAAAACACUUUGUGGAUGAAAACCAUAAAUGAAUCAACUCCAGUUCAACAAAAUUUUAAUAAAGAAAUUUCAAGAAGUAACAUACUUAAGGCCAAACGCAGACUUCCAUGGAGUCGAGGAAAUCAGCCAAGAGAAAAGUAUAAGUUAAAAAAUAUACAUGAAAGACUCUUAAAUCGUCAACAUGUGGUAGCCCAUCAUGCUGAGAAUGACUGCAUAAUGGCUUUGGAAUGUGCUGUAGUGUUGGGCAAACAUUUUAGUCUUUUAUUUCUGACGGGAGUGCUAUGGGGUUGCACAAAUCCUUUCAUUCGUCAGGGAACCAAAGGUCUUUGCUUGGUGCAGGCUAAGAGUAAGGUGGGCCAGCUGUAUGCUGAAGUGGUAUUCCUGCUAAGUAACUGGAAGUAUGUACUACCAUGGCUGAUAAACCAAGCGGGCUCCCUGGUCUACUUAAUGGCUGUACAGCGAUUGCCCCUCUCAACAGCGGUUCCAACAGCGAACAGCCUCGCCUUCGCCUUCACUGCUAUUACUGCCGCUGCUAUUGGGUCUGAAGAACCGCUUGAUUCUCGAGCCAUUCUCGGCGUGGUGCUGGUCGUUGGUGGAACAUUCCUCUGUUGCAUGGACAAUGUUUAGUUAGUUAAUAGUAGUAGGGAUUCCCGGCGACUGCCAAAAAAGUUCCCCAAAAACGUAAAAGUCAUGGUUGGCCAAACCUAAAAAAAAAAAAAUAAAUUGUACUCUACCCCCACUAAACAGGCCGUGUGGAGUCGAAUGCACUCACUCCUGAAGUGAUAGCUCUAACCGUUCCAGAGAUAGCUUUCCCAAAACCCUUGCUAAUUACUUACUAAUCACCACCUUAUCAGCUACGAAUGCAUCGUUAUCUACUUUCCUACAUUCACUAACCCGAUCUAUGGCUCUAAAAGAAAAAUAGAAUAAACUAUGUCUAACCUAACCUA